GAUGGGAGAGGGAGAGAAACGGAGAGGGGAAGGGAGAGGGCCAGAGACAGAGACCUUGAGGUAGGAAGAGACUGAGAGAAUGAGAGACAAAGAGAGAGGGAGGGAGGAGGAGGAAGAAAGACCGAAGGGAAAGAAAAAGAAUGAGAAAGGAGAGAGAGGGCGAGGCCAUCUGCGAGGGAGAGCGCCGGGACCACGGAGGGGCGAGAAGGACAGGAGCGGAGAAUGAGCAAUGCAGAGCCCGAGAAACAGACGCAGGAGGAGCUGGAGACCAGGUAAGCCGGGGGCUGACGCGGAGGCCAGGCGCCGCAGAAACAGCAGGAGGAAAGAGCCAGAAAGAUGGAGAUGGAGCGUGGGACGGGGAGAGCAAGACAGACCGAACUGGACAGAGAGGCCGACCUGCCACUCGCAGGUGCGCACUCUUAGCCCCGGGGUGGGGAGGCUGGGUGCUGGGCCACCGCCUACCAGGCCCGGCUCCUCCCGCUUGCCCGGCUCUGGCCCAGCCUCUCCCGAUCUCUGGGCAGCCUUCUCCCCUGCCCAGUGGGGAAGCUGACAGCACCUUGCUAGGCCUGGGGCAGCGUCAGUGCUCAGGGUUCAUAGCUGUCAUCAUUAUAAAUGAUGGGAGGCCCAAAGAAGAAAUGAGAGAGGGGGGAAAAUACCCAGAGAGGUUUGAAGGUUUCAUAUCCCUGCCUCCGCCCUAGUCCUGGAUUCCAGAAUCUGACAGGUAGGUAGGGAGCUGCUUGCCCAAGGGGCCAAACUCCGAAACAGGUGAGGUUCCCUCUGACUCCGCAUCCAGGAAGCCAGGAAGCCCGGCUGCGCCUUCCCCAGGGAGGCAGGCCUGGCUGGCCUCCCGGGUCUGAGGGAAGAGGGGGCUGGGGGCCUGGACUUCUGUGUCUGAGAGAGGAGGGGCCUACUGGCCUGGACUCCAGGGACCUCUGAGGAGGAAGGGGCUAGGGGCCUGAACUCCUGGGUCCCUGAGACUGAUUCCUGGGUUCCUUGGGGAGGAGGGGGCCGGGGGCCCGGAUUCCUGGGUCCUGGCACCCACCCGUAGAACCGACCUUGCGGGGCCUUCGCCGCACACAAGCUCGAGUCUGUGGGUCCGUGUCGGGGGCUCACCAUCGCGGCUGGGGUCUUCCCGGCCCUCCCCACCCUCCCUGGCCCUCCUGGCCCCCAUCUGUCCGUCCAUCCGUCUGUCUGUCCACCUGCCGCGCCCCCCGGGCUGAGGUAGGAGGUUGUAUAGUUGAGGAGGACACCCACGGAGAUCACUAUACGGCCUCCUAGCUUUCCCCAGGCUGCGCCCUGCACGGGACGCCCGGCGGGGACCCCAGCCCCUGACCGCUGCCCCAUGCGGGGGGACCCUGGGAGGAGGAGCUGGGCUGUCUCUCCUGUCCUGUCCUUGCAUUCCCUCCUCCCACUUCCCUCAAAGAGUUUCUGUCCCAUGAAGAAACCUCUAUUUUGCUUUCUCUGUCUCUCCAUCUCCACUGUGUCUCUGGAGUCGGCUGGGUGUCUACCCAGCGGCCUCUCAGACUCUCUCUCCAUGUCUCUCUUAUUGUGCUUUCCGGUAUCUCUCCGUGUGUCAGUUUCUGUCUCUCGGGCUCUCACAGUAUCUCUGUGCCAUCUCCACUCUGGCCUGUCAGGCCACCGCACACAACACUGCCGGCCUCUGGGUCCCUGAGACCCUUUAACCUGUGAGGACAUCCAGGGUCACAGGUGAGGUUCUUGGGAGCCUGGCGUCCGGCCUAACCACAAGCUUGGGGAUUGCCCGCCUGACCCCUGACUCCUCACACCCGUUCUCCCCGAAAACCCAGAGCUUGACAUUUGACCAGCCACAGAAAUCCAACCUCUGCCCCCAUACCACAUGCCCCUCCCCCACCCCAUGGUGACCUCACAAAGGUCACCAGCUUCUCCCUGGGCCAAGACCCUCUGUUAUGGCCCUGCUGGCCCCAGGCAGUGCUGUCCCAUCUGCCCUGGUAGCCCUCAUGGUCUUCAGGGCCCCCGCCUGGGCCUGUCUCCUCUGCUUCACAUCCUAUAAGGAGCGUGUCCGCAUCUGCCAGAUCUUUGCUGGUAUAGAGGGCCCUGAGCUGGAAAAGUGUGAGGAGGCAUUCACCGCCGCCUUUAAGGGCCUCCUAGACACUGAAAUCAACUACGAUGAGAGAAGCCACCUGCAUGACGCCUUCACCCAGAUGACCCACUCUCUCCAGGAGACGGCCACUGCCCAGGGCUCCUUUAAGGUGGCUUUUCCUGAUGCUGCGGAGAAAAUGCGGAAGGUCAUUAUGCAGCUUAAAGAAGUCCGGGCCUGCAUCCCUCCCUGCGGACUCCAGGAAGUCGCCCGGCGUUUCCAUUGCCGCGGGUGCUACUCCACGGUCUGCGACCUCCCGCUGGACUGCCCAGUUCAGGACCUGACGGUGACUCGGGGUCAUCAGGCUAAGUUCUCUUGCACUGUGAACUUCCAACUGCCUAAGGAGGAAGUCACCUAUUCCUGGAAGUUCGCAGGAGGAGGUGUCCGGACGCAGGACGUGUCCUACUUCGAAGACCUCCCGCGGGCCCGAGGAAACCUGGCGCGGAUCCGGCCGGUGCAGCCCGCGCACCGCGGGACGUUCUCUUGCGUGAUCCUGCACGACCAGCUCCCGCUGGCGCGGCUCUACUUCUUUCUUAACGUGACUGGUGCGCCCCCACGUGGGGAGACCGAGCUCCAGGUCUCCUUUCGGGAAGUGCUGCGUUGGGCGCCGCUGGAGGCGGAGAUGAUCGAACCUUGGAGGCCAAGCCUGGGCGAGCUGCUGGCCAGGCCCGAGGCUCUGACGCUGAGCAACCAAUGCUUGCUCGCGGCCGUCGCGGCCUUAGCAUCAGUCAGUGCGACCCUUGUGGUGUGGAUGUUCUUUCGAUGGUACUUCAAGGGCAACUAACAAAGGUAUCUUUUUCUUACUUCCUUACCCGGUUUUCAUUCCUAAAAUAAAGAAUAUAUUUCAGCUCUGUAGAUUCUUUCAUCUUUGAAGGUGGUCACCGCUAACGCAGGUAGGAGGAGGGGCAGCAUACCCCAAAUAUGCCCAGGUGACUAUUCCUUUAAUGACAGUAAUAUGUAGAGCUGUCAAGGUACAUGCAAGGUCCUGUGCUGAGGACUUUCCGUACAAGCCUAGACCCCUCCCUAGAUUGCUGACUGUCUCUUUGACAUUUCAACUUGCAGACGAUACCCUCAGACGGAUUCCUUGAUGUCUCUUUGGGUUUUUUGUUGUUGCUUUUGUUUGUUUGUUUUGUGCAAGAAGGUGAUUUUAUUAAAGCAUGGGGACAGGACCUGUGGGCAGAAAGCGCUGCCCUUGAUGUCUCUCUGAACGCCUGUUCCUCCUCAAGGCUUUCCUGCUGAAGGCACCACCAUCCACCCAGCUGCUCAUCCCGAAACCCGCGUUUAAUUCCUCCCCCACUUCUACUUCCAUGACUCAGCCUUUUUAACUCCUAAACAUCUUGUGUAGCUGCCCUCUGUCUGUGGUCCCAGUCACCAUCGUCUCUUGCCUGGAUCACUGCAGCAGCAUCCCCACUCGCCUCCCUGCCCCGAAUCAGCCUUGCCUCACUCCGGUCCAUCCUCCACAUGGCAGCCAGAGUAAUAUUUUAAAGUAUGUCAGAUCAUGUCACUCCUCUGCUCAAAAGCCUUUGGUGGCUCCCUAUUGCCAUUGGAACAAAUCCAAUUCCUUGUCAAGGCCUCUAAGAUGCUCCAGGUUCUGGCCCUUGCUGACCUGGCAGGCCUUGUCCCCUACCACUCUUCUCCCUUGAUCUUUUUACCCUGCACUUUGUCUGGCCUUUGCUUAUUCCUUACAUUUGUCAUGAUUCUUGUCAUCCUCUCCAGGACCUGGUUACGUGCUGUUUCCUGCCUAGAAUAAGGUUUUCUCCCUUUUGUGUCUAGUUAACUCAGUUACAGUUUCCCCUGAAAAGCCUUUACAUAUAUUAACCUAUUUAAUCCCCACGAUGAGUCUGUGUAUCUGGUGCUAUUUUUGCCGGACUCCACCUCCCUUUUCUUGUUCCCCUCUUUACCCUCUAGCCCCACUAGCCAUUUUUUUUUUUUUUUUUUUUGUCCCUGGAACACGCAAAGCUCAGUCCCAUGUUCGGGCUUUUGCACAUGCUGUCCCUUCAUACUUGACAUGACUUUACUGUGAACCUCACGGAGCUACCUCCCUCUCACAGCUCCCCGCUCAAAUGUCAUCUUCUCUGACUACUUCCCUCCCCCUAUUUUGGCUUGUGCACAGUACUCAUUGGGACUUAAUGUCAACUUCUGUUUUUUAUUUGGGUUUGUGUCUUCCCACCUAAAGGAUAAGUUCCUUCUGGGCAUCUACUCAUUCUUGUUCACUGAUAUAGUCCCCUUUACUGACUCACUCAUUCAGAGAAUAUUUACUGAGUACUUCUAUGUGCCAGGCAUUUUCAAGGUACUGUAGAGACAGCAGUGAAGAAAUCAGAACAGACAAAAAUCUGCACCCUCAUGGAGUUUAGAUUCUUUUGGUGGGGCGGGGGGGCAGAGGGAGGAGAGAAAGAAUCUUAAGCAGGCUCCACACCCAAUGUGGAGCCCAAGGUGGGGCUCGAUCUUACAAUCCUGACAUCAUGACCUGAGCUGAAAUCAAGAGUCAGAUGCUUAACCGAUUGAGCUACCCAGGCGCCCCAUGGAGUUUAGAUUGUAAUGGAUGGUUAGAUAAUAAACAAGAAAAUUAAGCACAAUAAGACAUGGAUCAAAGCAAAAACAGCAGGGACAAAAGCCCCUGAGUGUGCCUAGUGUUGGGGACGUGGCCGGGAGGCAUAUGGAGCAGAACUUUAAUGAAAGAGUAGGCAGUGAGGUCAGAGAGGAUGUGAGGGGACCAGAUCAUGGAGGACCUUGGCCACUGUAAGGUCUGGAUUUUCCUGAGAUGAGAGUUAUGGGCAGUUUUUGAGGCGAGGAAGGUCAUGAUAUGAUUUGAGUUGCAUGGCUACUGCAUAGAUAAACUGUAGGGGGCAGGGGUGGAACUAGGAACUGCUGUUAGGUGCUGUGGUAAUCUGGACAGCUUUAAUCCAGGAAGGAGAUGCAGCUCGGGGACAAAGUGGUGACAGUGAGGAGCAGUGGCUCUAGAUCCGUCCUGAAGGUAGAACCAGUGGGGUUUGCUGAUGGAUCAGAAUGUUGGGUGUGAGGGGAAGAAAAAAGAAGGGGCAGGUGUCAAUGGUCAUGGCAGCCGCAAUGUCAGUAGAACCCUCUGCCAUGACGGGAACAUUCUAGAUGUGCUCUGUCCAUGUGGUGGCCUCCAGCCACCUGUGGCCAUGAAGCAGGUCAAAUGUGGCCAGUGACACUGAGGAGCUAAAUUUAUUUUUUUUUAAGAUUUUAUUUGAGAGAGAGUGAGGGAGAGAGCGGGACGGAGCAGAGGCAGAGGGAGAAGCAGGUUCCCUGCUGAGCAGGGAGCCCAACGUACGACUCAAUCCCAGGACCCUGGGAUCAUGACCCGAGCCGAAGGAAGAUGGCUUAACCGACUGAGCCACCCAGGCACCCCCGAGGAGAGCUAAAUUUAUAAUCUUUUAUAGCUUUAAUAAUUUAAAUUGUCCCUCAUCUAUGAAAACAGAAGUCACAGAGGCAGGUGUCUGGGGACCCUGGGUAUAACUCCGGAUCACACUCUUUGUUUACUUAACUAGGAGCUACUGGAAGGCAGGGGCUGCCUCUCAUUCAUUUCGGUAUUUGCAAACCCGGCAAAAUGUGGAAUUCAGUACAUACUUAGUAAAUGGUUUGGGGACUGAUUGACAUCAUCAAAGAAUGAGUGAAUGAAAAAAAAAAAAGUCCAGGAAUUUAGAGGUGAGGUCUGAUCUGAAGAUACAAGUUGCAGAGCCCCCUCUCCAGGCAUGGAGCGUGAAUGAGGCACGCAGAGCCACGCCGCUGGAUACACAGAGGAAAUGAGUGUAGACGGAUAAGAGAAGUGGGUAGGAGGAGGUUUCUCCAAAGGUAAGCAGUCCGAACCAUGAAGAGGAACUGAGAAGGAAAAACGGGGAAAGCAAGGCAGCUGCGGCAUUCUGAAAGCCAGGCGAAGAAAACAUUUCAAGGAGAUAGUGAUCAGCUGGGUCACAUGCUGCCACAUGGUGAAAGAUAAGGCCUGAGAACUGGCCGUUGGUUUUAGCAAGCUGGACAUCACUGAUGAACCUGACCAGAGCCAUUUCCAUAGAGCGGUGGGGGGGAGCCAUCUGAUUGGCAUGGGUUUAAGCCACACUCGUCAUGCAAAAGGGAAAUGCAAAUCAAAACCACAGUGAGAUACCAUUUCACACCCCCUGGGAGGCUAUAAUCAAAAAGUCAGGUGAGGGGCACCUGGGUGGCUCCGUCGGUUAAGCGUCUGCCUUCGACUCAGGUCAUGGUCCCAGGGUCCUUCGAUCGAGCCCCGCAUCGGGCUCCCUGCUUAGUGGGGAGUCUGCUUCUUCCUCUCCCUCAACCCCUCGCCCCACUCAUGCUCUCUCUCUCAAAUAAAUAAAAUCUUUUUUUUUUUUUAAGUCAGGUGAUAACAAAUGUUGGUGAGGAUGUAAGGAAUUCGGAACCCUCCUACUUUGCUGGUAGGAAUAUAAAAUGGUACUGGCAUUGUGAAAACCAUCUGGCACUUCCUCAAUAAAAUUAAACAGGAUCACCAUAUGACUCAGCAACUCCAUUCCCAGAGAAUUUAACCUGUGUUCACACAAAAACUUGUAUGUGAAUGUUCGUAACAUUAUUCACAGUGGCCAAAAAAUGGAAACAUCGCAAAUGUCCAUCAACUGAUAAAUGCAUAAACCAAAUGCGAUACUUCCCUACAAUGGAAUAUUAUUUGGCAAUAAAAAGGAAUGAGCCAGUGAUACAUGCAAAUCUGUAGAGACAGAGAGUAGAUUAUGGUUGCCUAGGGCAUCGAGGUGGUUUUGGGGUGAGGAAUGAAAGGGACUGCUGGUGGUCAUAGGGUUCCUCUUUGGGGGUGAGGGAAAUGUUCUAAAAUCAGAUUACGGUAAUGGUUGCACAAGUCUAUAAACUUACUAAAAACCACUGAAUUACACACUUGACAUGGCUGAACUUUGUGGGAGAGAAAUUGGAGACAAAUAUAAACAGCUCUCAAGGAGUUUUGCUGUUAGAAAUGAGACAGGAUGGGGUGCCUGGCUGGCUCAGUCGGUAGAUCAUGCAGAAGAUCUUGAUCUCAGGGUCAUGAGUUUGAGCCCCACUGGGGGUAGAGAUUACUUAAAAAAAAUGAGACAGUAGUUCAGGAGGAAAUAGGUCAAGACAGGGAGUCUUAAAAAUCAGAGAGUGAGGGGCACUGGGUGGCUCAGUUGGUUGAGUGUCUGCCUUCGGCUCAGGUCAUGAUCCCGGGGUCCUGGGAUCAAGCCCCGCAUCGGGCUCCCUGCUCAGCGGAGAGCCUGCUUCUCCCUCUCCCUCUGCCGCUCCCAAUGCUUGUGCUCUCUCACUCGCUCACUCUAUCAAAUAAGUAAAUAAAAAUCUUUUAAAAAUGUAUUUUAAAAAUCGGAGAAUGACAGCACAUUUGGAUGCUGAGGGGAAAGACCCGUGGGGAGGCAAGAAUUGAUGACGUGGGAAGAACAGAAGGAGUGAGAUCUUUGAGUAGACCAGAGGGUAUGAGGUCCAGUGCCCCAGUGGAAGGGGUUGGCAUUGGAAAAGGCAGUUCACCCUCACGAAUGGGGGAAGGUGGCCUGUGUGGGCACAGAUGCAAACCAGUGGAAAGACGUGCAGGUGGGACUGAAAGUUUUCUUCCUCACCUUUGUUUUCCCAGUGAGAUGGAAAGCAAGCUAAGGGUGAGGUGCUAGGCGUUUGAGGAGACAAGGUAUGACUUACCUUUCUUAGACAGUAGCCAAGUGGAUGGACCAGGGAAGGGCCCUCCACGGUACCUAAGAGUGUCCCCACAUAGUAGGCACUGCGUAAGUAUCGGUGAUGAGAAGUUGAGAAAUUUCACCCUCACAACUGACCCAGGGGAUUAUUAUCCAUUUCCCGAGGAAGGAGCCUGUCUACGUUCGAACAGCUGGUACCCAAGACAGAGCCACGAGUCCCCACCCUUCGACCCUGUAGCCCUUCAGUUCUCAAAAAAAAAAAAAAAAAAGUGGGGGGGGAGACUCAGAAGAAAAUAAAUAAAAUUCUUUAUUAUAUCCUAAUCACACAGUACAAACGGAUAUUAAAUAAGAACAGGGAGAAAGCAGGCCCCUGGACAGCAUGUGGGGACCCUUGUCCCCCCCCCUAAAAAUGCACGCCCUGAUCAAUAAAUACCCCUCCCCAGGGACCCUGAAGUCCCAGCCCCCAAACGGCCCAGGUUGAAGAAUCUUGGGUCCACCCGUCGCUUCACAGAGGAGGGAAACUGAGGCCCAGAGAAUCACCCGGCAAGUGCGUGGCUCUGUUCCCCGCCCCCCCCCCCCCGCGGGUCUCCUCCCGCCUCCCCGAAGUCCCUCGGGCCAGCAGCCCGCACACCUGCACUCACACCUGGACCCGGUAGCCACCCGACCGCCGCCGGCAGAGCCU